AAGAGUAGGCAGCAAGAGAAAGCAAUUGAUGUUGUGGAAGUUGACAUUGACAAGAGAAGGCAACGUGGGAAAGAAAGCAAAAUCCACGUCUAUAAAUUUUGAAUGCAAGUUAGUGUGUUAAGUGUAUUAUUGAUAUUGUGGAAGUGAGAGAUGGUAGGACCAGUGAGGCCUCAAUUUGUGUUGUUUGGUUCGUCCAUAGUUGAGUUCAGUUAUAGUGAUGAAGGUUGGGGAGCUAUUCUUGCCAACUUGUAUGCUCGAAAGGCAGAUAUAGUUUUGCGAGGAUACGCUGGUUGGAAUUCAAGGCGUGCUCUUCAGAAUCUGGAUAAAAUAUUUCCCAAGGAUGCCACUGAUCAACCAUCACUGAUAAUUGUGUACUUUGGUGGUAAUGAUUCUAUGCAUCCACAUCCAUCUGGCCUUAGCCCUCAUGUACCUCUCCAAGAAUACAUUGAAAAUAUGAAGAAGAUUGCUAUCCAUCUCAAGAGCCUUUCAAAGAAGACUCGUAUAAUAUUUCUCAGUUCCCCUCCCAUCAAUGAGGUGCAAAUGCAUGAAACUCUCAGUGAUCUAUUGGGGCCACUAAGAAGGACAAAUGAAGCUUGUCGAACAUACUCGGAAGCAUGUUUGGAGCUAUGCCACGAGAUGAAUGUGAAAGCCAUUGAUCUCUGGUCUGCACUCCGGCAAAGGCAUGACUGGUUAGAUGUUUGCUUUACGGAUGGAAUUCAUUUGUCAAAUGAGGGAAGCAAGAUAGUGGCAAAAGAGAUAUUGAAAGUCCUCAGAGAAGCAGACUGGGAACCUAGUCUGGACUGGAAGUCAAUGCCAGUUGAGUUUGCAGAAGAUUCACCAUAUGAACCAAUUGGUGCGGAUGAAAACACUCAUAUAGAUGUCUCUAACUGGAACAACAUCCAGGGAAAGUCUCAACUGGAAAUGAGUAAUUGCGCAUUGACCAAGGGAUUUAGCUCAGUUGAUUAAGCAGAAUACAUGUCAUUAUAAAUCCCUAGUUCCUAUCUUUGAUGCCUAUAUAUAAGAAAGAAUAAUUGCGCAUUUUCACGCUACAGAAAUGUCCAUAAUGUACUGAGUCACAAAGUGGCGGGGUUAUAUUACUUUUAUUGUGCUUAAAGAAAUAUGGUGUUCUUGGUGCAUAUUGAGCAUUUGAGCUAGUUA